AUGCACAAGUCAAAGGUCGGGGACCAACGGUACACCUCGGGCAAAGUGCGAACUACUUUGGGCAUGCCCACCACUCUAAGGUCGAAAAAGAGCAAAAGUCCACGGCCGAGCAUGAGUAUCGAUGUGCAACAGUCACCCUCCGCAGAAACAAACCUUGCUCCGACACAAGCAGCGGAACUCGCCAACGCCUCACAAACCCUCGCCUCACUGACCGAGAAGCUAAUGGAGAGUGGAGCUGCUGUUGCUGCGGCUGCUGGAGCAAGGAUUGCGACGACGACAGUGACCGAUACUGCAACCACCUCACUCAACGACUGCUUCACCGCGAUCGCGUCAAAGCUGAACCAAUCAGCAGAGAUGCCCAAUGGUGGGUCGGCGAGCCCGGAGACGAAAAUAUCUAGUGCGGAUCUCUGCAAAUUGCUGGGCAGCCUUGCAGUUGCUGGCCCGAUGCCCGCGGUUGCCACGGCGAACGUACAUUUGCGUUCCCUGUUGGGGAGUAGCGGGGGCACCACAGCCACCACUACCACCACAACUGCUGGUGUGCCCGUGGUGAAACCGGAGGUGUCCACUCCUAGUGUGAGCAACGGGCAGUUGCUCCAGCUGCUGCGUACCUCGCUGGCGACGACGCCUACAGACUCCUCCCUCCCCGUGAACGGGGCCUGUCAGUUGUUGAGCAUCCCAUUCUCACCUCCUACUCUCCCCAUUGCCGCUGCUGCGCAAGCCAUUCCUCAGAAUGACAUCUAUCUCCUCCUCCAAUCGGCCAUUCUUCGUCAAAUGCAACAACAGACUGCAAUCCUCGGAGGAGCGAUAGAGCCACAGACUUCUGGUGCAAGCUUCUCUGCCACCCACAACGUUGGAGCCGCCUUCCCCCCCACCGGAGUGUACGGACUGCCCACUGCAGCACACCCAUCUCAGACGGUCUCCACUACGGGAGAGGUCGGUGGUGGUGGCGGUAGCGAUGGUGGCUCGCUCGAUUCGCUGAUGUUGACCAAUCGUCUCCAACAGACUAUCGCUGCCCUUACCGCCACCUCUGCUGGUGGGUCGAGCGCUCCCCCCAUAGCCCUCCUCAGCCUCGAGCCGAAUCCCUCCGCACCAUCAAUGGUUACCAUCACCUCGUCCCCCGCUCCGCCGCCGCUCCCGCCCAAUCCUCCCUCAGCUGAGCACCUCAUGGCCGCACUGGGUAUUCUGGGUCUUGGCGGUGGUGGCGGCGACGGCAGCAGUGGUGCAAUUAGCUCCCCUGCGCCCGGCUGCGUGAACAGCGCCGUAACCGUCACCACAACCACAGCGACCACUCCCGCUAACAUUGUUAAUGCCAGUGAGCUGCUGAACCAGCUGUACAGUGUGAAGCAGGAAGAAACCAAAAGCUCCGAGGAGUCGCAAGAGGGUUCUGCUGCCGCCUCAAAGGCCUCGACGACUCUGGCACAGGCGACGGUACUCGGACCGCUGCCGCCACAGCCCUCUACAGUCAAUAGUUCUACCAUUGCAACGUCGACAACUUUCUCGAUUCGUGGAGCAAGAAAUAGUGACGGCACUGUUGAACCCUGUCUCGUCUGUGGUGAUGUCGCCUCAGGUCGUCACUACGGUGUCAUCUCGUGCGAGGGCUGCAAGGGCUUCUUCAAGCGCUCCAUCCGGGGCCACGUGAACUACGUAUGCCGGAGCAACAAGCAUUGCAUAGUCAACAAGGCCUUCCGGAAUCGGUGUCAGUACUGUCGUAUGCAGAAGUGUCUGCUGGUGGGCAUGCGGUCGGAGGCGGUACAAAACGAGCGACGUCUGGGCACCACGAUGGCUCCUACCACCACCGUCUCGUCGUCGUCGCCCUCUAUGGGCGCAGGCCAAUUCCCACGACUCAGUCUCGACUCCGACCAGCCCCCGCUGCUCAUCGCCUCGCACAAUGAUGAUAGUGGUAUCAGUGGUGGCGGUGUUAACCUACACGGUAUCAGCGGAGAAAAGGCCACCCAUAACUGCUCCUCCGCUUCCUCCUCUCCCCUCCCACCCACAUCUUCGGUUUCUCCCGAGACUUCGCUUGCCGACGGUGAAGUUAGACCUAAUCCUCCGCAAAUUCCUUUGCUGCCCAAACCGGCCACAUCUAACGUGGAAACACCGCCACCGAACGUAACUUUGGCUGCUACGCAGCCAUCACAACAGCAGGUGAAUUUGAACGAGAUAGCGGCGAUACUUGCGGCACAUCAGAAAGUCUUGCCGGCGGCUGUUGCGCCCAUUUCAGUCUCGCGAAACGCUGCAGCAGCUCCAAACAACGUUACCUCCAUCUACAGCGCAAUCCUCGCCUCCACAGUGACGUCGCUCGCCUCUCGCCUCUCCGACGCCAACGUCAACUCGAACUCUAUCACCGGCUUGCAUUCGCAGAUUGUCAACCAUCCAUCGGCUCUCCAGAUACCACCGCCACCGCCACCUCCGCCGCUCCCACCACCCGUGAAUAGAUCCACCAACUUAUUGAACUUGUUGCGUACCAAGGUGGAUCACGAUCAGGCUGAGAUGCCGCUAAACGCUGUCCUCACUGCCGCUGCGGCUGUUGCCACUAAUCCUAUAACGGAGAACGGAGUUUGCAGUAAUACGAGCAAAGCUGCGAAUACUACGCCAUCAAGUGGUUUCGUCGAGGUGACGGUGGUACCGUCCCCAUCAGUAAACCAGAAUGGCAACCCUUUGGUGGGUCAGACGAUUGCGCAGACAACCCCAAGUCCGAGUCCGAGCAACGCCUCAUCGACUUCCUCUCGGCCUACCAGUCGGAGCUCGCGCAAGCGACGCAUCAAUAGCGGCACGAGCGGAGCCUCCAGUCGGAAGCGCACCAACACUACCACCACCGCGCCUGCCGCAGCACCGAACACACAGCCACAGUUGGAGUUACUGACCACGGAGAAUCCCCCUCUCCAUGAAAUGGCCUCCCGUGUCCUUCUUGUCACUGUCGAUUGGCUGAAGCGGUGCGGACCUCUCGACCAGCUCCCAUCCGAUCUCCAGAAUGAGUUGAUCGCCCUCUCCUGGGUGGAUCUAUUUAUGCUGGGUCUCUGUCAGAUGUUUGGCCGAAGAUUGGGCAACUUGAGAAUGGAGUUCUUCGGCUCGAACCAAGACGAUGGCUGUGGAGUUGACGCCCACCCAAUGAAGUCAGAUUUUAAUUCAAUCGUAUCCGGCUUCAGCAGAGCUGAAGUUACCCCCGAAGAAUACACCUACCUUCGUUACAUGGCCUUGUUUAAUUCUGGAGGAGUAAGAACGAAUGAUGCAACCGGCUUGAAUCGAGUUCGGGAAAUCGAACAGAAGGUUCAAGUAGAAUUCGCUGGCUUUCUUAGCGAAAGCGAAUCGCAGAAAGUCAAUGACGACGGAAACCAGCGACCGUUUGAAGUUCAGACCGCCUCUAGAGGCCUUCAACUGAUGGGCCUGGUUUGUGGUCUUCGUCGAGUCACCAGUGUCGAUAUCGGCCGAGUUUUCUUCCCAAGCAUUUGUGAAAAGACACCUAUCGACAAGGUGAUUGAAGAUCUUUUGCAAGUUGGGCGCAACAAAGCUGUCGCAAGCACCCUCGGUGUCGUUGCUAAGGUCAUCGAACAGCCUACCGAGAAUACCACCCCCCAGAUACCACUUAUAACCACCACCGCUAUGGCCACCAACAACUCCGAAGAACAUGGGAGCCUUUCAGAACAUUCAAAUUCUACCGGCCUCACAAGGCAGCAGGAAUAUGAAAAAUUGGUUCAGAAAGCAAAGAGGGAGAAUGAGGAGGUGACGGCGGAAGAGGAUGACGAAGAGGAUGAGGAGGUUCCGUUGACCAUCGAGGAGAAACCACAGUCUCCCUAUCAGUGCAAACCCUCACCGCCUGGCUGA